ACUUGGCCAUCGACGUCCCUGGUCAUGGGAAGGGGCGGGCCUACGGUGGUACUUUCUACGCCUUUCUAAGCGCUGAGCAGCUGGGCCUCGAUGUGUGCUCUUCAAAGACCAGAGACCUCGUCGAUGCAGCGAGCGCGGUGACGGAAGCGGUGAAGAAGCAGUUCAAGCUUCAUCACCCUGAAAGCGAAGACCUGGCUUUCCUCUACGGCACCAUACUGACAGACGGGAAAGAUGCCUUUAGUGAGGAGCCCACCACCAACAUCUGUGUGUUUGCAGAUGAACAGGUUGACCGAAGUCCAACAGGUUCAGGUGUGACAGCUCGCAUCGCCUUGCAGUACCAUAAGGGACUCAUCCAGCUGAACCAGAGCAGAACCUUUCGGAGCAGUACCACGGGCUCCUUGUUCACCGGGAAGGCUGUGCAGGAAGCCAAGUUUGGAGACUACAAUGCUGUUGUUGUGGAAGUCUCCGGAGAAGCCUUUUACAUUGGUACAGCCACCUUCACUGUCGAAGAGGAGGACCCGCUGAAAUAUGGCUUCUGUUUCAAGUGA